AUGGGAAAGUCGUCCAAGGACAAGAGAGAUAUAUACUACCGGCUUGCAAAAGAACAAGGCUGGCGAGCCCGCAGUGCAUUCAAGCUCUUACAGAUUGACGAAGAAUACAAUAUAUUUGAAGACGUCAAGAAUGUCGUUGAUCUCUGUGCAGCUCCUGGAAGUUGGUCUCAAGUGCUGAGCAGGAGACUAGCAUCGACAGAUUCAACCAAGCAAUCCAAGAUUGUUGCCGUGGAUCUGCAAGCCAUGGCACCAUUGCCUGGUGUCAUUCAGAUUCAAGGCGAUAUCACCAAAAAAUCAACAGCCGAGCUAAUUACAUCGCAUUUCGAUGGCGAAAAGGCCGAUCUGGUAAUCUGUGAUGGUGCACCUGACGUUACUGGAUUACACGACAUGGAUGAAUACAUUCAAGCGCAACUUCUUCUUGCAGCAUUCAACAUUACGUCGCAUGUAUUGCGAAACGGCGGUACAUUUAUUGCCAAGAUUUUUAGAGGAAAGGACAUUUCGUUGCUGUUUGCACAAAUGAGACUCUUUUUCCCUUUGGUUGAUGUAGCAAAGCCCAGGAAAUCUUUUAUUGUAUGCAGAAACUACUCUCCACCAGCAGGAUACGUUCCGACCAUGGCUAAUCCGCUUUUAGAUCUCGACUAUAAUUUUGAAAACGAACUUACUGGAAUCAAUCGGUGCAUUGUGCCGUUCAUGGCAUGCGGAGAUCUGUCUGGGUUUGACUCGGACAUGACGUAUCCACUGCCAGAAACAGAGAAUGACGAAACGUACACGCCUUUGAACCCAGUGCAGGCUCCAAUCAAUCCUCCAUACAAGUCAUUUCAGCAAAUGAAACUCGAGCAAACUAUGAAAUGA